AAGACAUUACCUGUUGAUAACACAGACUAUUUUCAUGAUCAUGGGCGGAGUGAGAGAAUUGCUGCUCUUUGUGGUGACUGUGGGGGUUGUGAAAGUUUCUUGUUACCCUGUUGGAAAGUCCCAGAAGCUAGAGCAAGUCUCUCUGCAGAGGAGACUUGGAGAGCUGUCAUCAAAUGACGUCUCCAUUGUGCAUGCCCUGGCCUUGCUCCGAUCCAUAGGGUCUGACGCUAAACAAGACAGAGAAGAGUAUUUCGAGACUAAUGAAGUAGAAUCCCAAGCUUCUCCAAACCACGGUAGCUCUACGGCAAAUGAUGCCCUGUCCUCUGACGACGCUACCUCAAAAGCUGCCACCGGCCGGUCUGACGACGCUACCUCUGAAGCUGCCACCGGCCCGUCUGACGACGCUACCUCUGAAGCUGCCACCGGCCCGUCUGACGACGCUACCUCUGAAGCUGCCACCGGCCCGUCUGACGACGCUACCUCUGAAGCUGCCACCGGCCCGUCUGACGACGCUACCUCUGAAGCUGCCACCGGCCCGUCUGACGACGCUACCUCUGAAGCUGCCACCGGCCCGUCUGACGACGCUACCUCUGAAGCUGCCACCGGCCCGUCUGACGACGCUACCUCUGAAGCUGCCACCGGCCCGUCUGACGACGCUACCUCUGAAGCUGCCACCGGCCCGUCUGACGACGCUACCUCUGAAGCUGCCACCGGCCCGUCUGACGACGCUACCUCUGAAGCUGCCACCGGCCCGUCUGACGACGCUACCUCUGAAGCUGCCACCGGCCCGUCGGACGACGCUACCUCUGAAGCUGCCACCGGCCCGUCGGACGACGCUACCUCUGAAGCUGCCACAGGCCCGUCGGACGACGCUACCUCUGAAGCUGCCACCGGCCCGUCGGACGACGCUACCUCUGAAGCUGCCACCGGCCCGUCGGACGACGCUACCUCUGAAGCUGCCACCGGCCCGUCGGACGACGCUACCUCUGAAGCUGCCACCGGCCCGUCGGACGACGCUACCUCUGAAGCUGCCACCGGCCCGUCGGACGACGCUACCUCUGAAGCUGCCACCGGCCCGUCGGACGACGCUACCUCUGAAGCUGCCACCGGCCCGUCGGACGACGCUACCUCUGAAGCUGCCACCGGCCCGUCGGACGACGCUACCUCUGAAGCUGCCACCGGCCCGUCGGACGACGCUACCUCUGAAGCUGCCACCGGCCCGUCGGACGACGCUACCUCUGAAGCUGCCACCGGCCCGUCGGACGACGCUACCUCUGAAGCUGCCACCGGCCCGUCGGACGACGCUACCUCUGAAGCUGCCACCGGCCCGUCGGACGACGCUACCUCUGAAGCUGCCACCGGCCCGUCGGACGACGCUACCUCUGAAGCUGCCACCGGCCCGUCGGACGACGCUACCUCUGAAGCUGCCACCGGCCCGUCGGACGACGCUACCUCUGAAGCUGCCACCGGCCCGUCGGACGACGCUACCUCUGAAGCUGCCACCGGCCCGUCUGACCAUGCCAUUGAGGAACUGUUGACUUCUGCAUCUCAGCCCCCGUUGACCACAAACAUGGAUAUCUGAUGUGGGACAUGGUGCUCGGGGUCAAUGCAAGAGUUCAUGGGUUUUUUGUCCAGGUUGUGUGUAACUGCAAUUUCUUGUUUUGGUUCAAUUAAACGCUAACUGUAAUAAUAUUGUCCUCAGUAUUGUUUUGACGGUUCCUACUGAGUUGAGGUCUUUGACCUGACAUGAGUAACUGGUGAUGGCAAUAUAUGUCUACUUUGACCCCUGUGCUUAAAUUACCAUUUGGCACUUUAAGCUACAUUUGGUCAAAUCAUGCUAGUAGCAUCACAUUAUGUGGAAUGGGUUCUUGUUCAUUUAAACUUGAUGGUUGUGGAACUGAGUGUUUGGGGUUGGUACAUAUGAGGCUGCUAGAAUUGGGUUUAAUGGUGUCAGUGCUAACUAAUAUCACGGUUGUCAACUUGCAUUUAAAUGACUCUGCUGGGUGUCUUCUCUCGUAACUGACUUGGUUUCCUAUUAGUGAAAGCUUAAAUAUAAAACCAGCUCUCGUAUCAUUAGGCCAUCGUUUUGGCGGGGUGUCUUCAUAUCCCAGUGCCAAUAAAUAAGUCAAUGCUAACCUGUCUUAGCUGGCAGGUUGCUAUCAGGUCCAGGCUCUCCCAGAGUUGCUUGUAGCGCCGCUAACCUAGGAUUUGAGGGCAGGAACAGUUAGACCAGGAUUUCCCACCCACUCUGAUUUACAUGGGAUAAACCAUUGGAAGAAACUGGUAAAUUUCUAUGAGAAGCGUGAGGAAGUUUGUUCAUACAGGCCUUCUCUA